CUUCCGCAGGCCCUCCUUCAUCAUGGGCUAUUCCCUACUGCACCUUCACAACCUCGUAUGGUGGUAUCUGUUGAUCUACUUUCAUUUUAUCGCGCACUUUUUGAGCGGUCUUGUGACACUAUCAAUGCUCUUGCAUCGGCUCUUAAAACACACUAUUCACGCCAAGGUUUUCAAGUGACUGACUCGCAGGUAAGAUACUAG